CAACCUAAGGCUUCUCCUAGAUAAAAGAGCUACAGAGCUUGGAGGAUCAACAGAACAAAACUGUGCACGGCACAGCAUUGGUGAUGUCAGAGCACUAAUCUCUCUGGAGGGAUUGGCGGAUGGACGGUUGUCAGAAACAUUUGAUGCUACCCUGGACAAAAGCUGUUGGAGGCAGAGGGAGAGACAGAGGCAGAGGAAGAGUCGGAGCAGAGAGAGCUCUGUGGCUUUGUUUUGUGUUCAUGGAGCUUUCGGAGUGAGGUUACCAUAUUCCAGCAUGGGAAGAGCGGCUAUAGAGAGCAGCUGAACAGUGGAGACUUUGGGUGAGAGCCAGCAGACACGCUGACUCUCUUUCCCUCUUUUUCUUUGUGAAUCUUAUAUCCAAUCACAAACACUCACUCUUAGCCCACAGUGGGGCUUGGGCCCUGAGCCUUAGCCUCUCAUCUUACCUUUGCUGCAAGCACAAGGGGAGUUAGCGGGCAGCCUGCCCUAGCCCUAAAGGAGUCACACCAUGCUCUCAGUGGACCUCAGUAAAGGAUUUAUUUAUCAGAGAACUGAUGAGGAGGCUGUGGUGGACCGUGGGGGCACACGCUCCAUGCUCAACACCAACUUUGAGAAGGAAGAGUUAGAAGGUCACCGCACUCUCUACAUCGGGGUUCACGUUCCCCUGGGCAGAAGGUCACACCGCCGUCAUCGUCACCACGGCCACAGACACAGGAAGAGGUCCAAGGAAAGGGACUCCACUGCUGAUGAUGGCAGAGAAUCCCCCUCGCACACAGACACACCAGCUCAGAGGGUGCAGUUUUUGCUGGGGACAGAGGAUGGGGAUGAGGAACACAUCCCCCAUGCCCUGUUUACCGAGCUGGAUGAAAUCUGCCUCAGGGAGGGCGAGGAUGCAGAAUGGAAAGAGACAGCCAGGUGGCUGAAGUUUGAGGAAGAUGUGGAGGAUGGUGGUGAGAGGUGGAGUAAGCCCUAUGUGGCCACUCUUUCUCUACACAGCCUGUUUGAGCUUCGUAGCUGCAUCAUGAACGGCACAGUGAUGCUGGACAUGAGAGCCAACUCGCUGGAGGAGAUUGCAGAUAUGGUACUGGACCAGCACGAGGUAUCUGGCCCAGUAGGUCAAGAUGCCAGGAGAAGGAUCCGCGAGGCCCUGCUUAAACAGCAUCACCACCAAAACCACAAGAAACUGGCCAACCGCAUCCCCAUUGUUCGUUCUUUUGCAGAUAUUGGCAAGAAGCAGUCUGAGCCUCAUUCCAUGGACAAGAAUGGCCAAACAGUCUCACCUCAGUCCCAGCCAGCUAACAAUGAGGGCAAACAGGACGUCAGCAGAGAAAACAGUGCUGUCGACUUCAGUAAGAUUGACCUCCACUUUAUGAAGAAAAUCCCUCCUGGUGCUGAGGCGUCCAAUGUCCUGGUGGGGGAGCUGGAGUUCCUAGAGCGCCCUGUUGUGGCCUUCGUCCGCCUGGCACCUGCUGUGCUGCUGAACGGCCUGGCUGAGGUUCCCAUCACCACCAGGUUUCUUUUCAUCCUGCUUGGUCCUCUGGGAAAAGGUCCACAGUAUCAUGAAAUCGGCAGGUCAAUUGCUACUCUGAUGACAGAUGAGGUUUUCCAUGAUGUGGCAUAUAAAGCCAAAGACAGAAAUGACCUGGUGGCAGGCAUUGAUGAGUUUCUGGACCAGGUGACAGUGUUACCUCCUGGAGAAUGGGAUCCCUCCAUCAGAAUUGAGCCUCCGAAAAAUGUUCCCUCUCAGGAAAAGCGGAAGAUUCCCCCUGUUCCCAAUGGAGUGACAGAUCUUGGAGAGUCAGGGGAGCAUGGAGGGCAUGGCGGCCCGGAGCUUCAGCGCACUGGGAUGUUAUUUGGUGGGUUAAUCUUGGACAUCAAGAGAAAGGCUCCUCACUACCUUUCUGACUACACAGAUGCUAUCAGUCUGCAGUGUCUGGCCUCCUUCCUCUUUCUCUACUGCGCCUGUAUGUCACCUGUCAUCACCUUUGGGGGACUGCUGGGAGAAGCUACUGAAGGGCGUGUGAGUGCUAUUGAGUCCCUGUUUGGGGCAUCAAUGACCGGAAUAGCCUACUCUCUUUUUGCUGGUCAGCCCCUUACCAUUCUGGGCAGCACUGGGCCUGUUCUUGUCUUCGAAAAGAUCCUCUUCAAGUUCUGCAAGGAGUAUGGCCUCUCCUACCUCUCCCUGAGGGCCUGUAUUGGCCUGUGGACAGCCUUCUUCUGUCUGCUGCUGGUGGCCACGGAUGCAAGCUCACUUGUCUGUUACAUCACACGCUUCACUGAAGAAGCCUUCGCUGCCCUGAUCUGCAUUAUCUUCAUCUACGAAGCCCUAGAGAAGCUGUUCCACCUGGGGGUGCACUACCCCAUCAAUAAAAACAACAACCUGCAGAAACUUACACAGUACUGGUGUGUAUGUGCAGAACCCAGGGACCCCAGCAAUGAGACUUUAAGGUUCUGGGAGGAAAGGAACAUCACAGCCUCCCAGGUCAACUGGACCACCCUCGAGGUCAAGGAGUGUGAGAUGUUUCAUGGGGAGUUUGAGGGCACGGCCUGUGGUCCCCAUGGUCCCUACAUCCCUGAUGUCCUCUUCUGGUGUGUCGUCCUCUUCUUCUCCACUGUCUUCAUGUCUGCAUUCCUGAAAGAGUUCAAGACAAGCCGUUACUUUCCCACCAAGGUGCGGGCCAUCAUCAGUGACUUUGCUGUCUUCAUCACUAUCCUCACCAUGGUCCUCAUAGACUAUGCCUUGGGAAUCCCAUCACCUAAAUUACAGGUCCCCAGCAAGUUCAAACCAACCAGAGAUGAUCGUGGCUGGGUUAUAAAUCCUGUGGGGCCCAACCCCUGGUGGACCACUAUCAUCACCUUCAUCCCAGCUCUGCUCUGUACCAUCCUCAUUUUCAUGGACCAGCAGAUCACUGCUGUCAUCAUCAACAGGAAGGAGCACAAACUGAAAAAAGGCUGCGGAUACCACCUGGACCUGUUUGUGGUUGGGGUGAUGCUGGGCGUUUGCUCUGUCAUGGGCCUGCCGUGGUUCGUGGCAGCCACGGUCCUCUCCAUCUCGCACGUAAACAGUCUGAAGCUCGAGUCCGAGUGCUCGGCCCCUGGAGAGCAGCCUAAGUUCCUGGGGAUCCGAGAACAGCGCUUCACUGGUCUGAUGAUCUUCACCCUGAUGGGCUGCUCAGUGUUUAUGACAUCUGUGCUGAAGUUUAUCCCAAUGCCUGUGCUGUAUGGAGUGUUUCUGUACAUGGGAGCUUCUUCACUCAGAGGCAUUCAGUUCUUUGAUCGUCUGAAGCUGUUUGGGAUGCCAGCAAAACAUCAGCCAGACUUCAUCUACCUUCGCCACGUCCCGCUGAGGAAGGUACACCUGUUCACCAUCGUUCAGCUCUCCUGCUUGGUCCUUCUGUGGAUCAUCAAGACCUCUAGAGCUGCCAUCGUUUUCCCCAUGAUGGUCUUGGCUCUAGUGUUCAUUCGUAAACUGCUGGACUUCAUUUUCACCAAAAGAGACCUGAGCUGGCUGGACGACCUGAUGCCAGAGUGGAAGAAGAAGAAACUGGAAGAUGCAGCACAAGAGGAAGAGCACAGUAUUAUAGCAGAGGAAGAGGGGAUUGUUCAGGUGCCACUGGAGGGACAUUACAAGAGUGACCCUGCCACAGUCAACAUCACUGAUGAGAUGUCCAAAGGAUCUUUUGGAAAUGUGUGGAAGAGUGUCAACCCUGAGAGCACCAAGAGGGAGCCCAGCACUAAAAGCUCCACUAGUGGGGAAAGGCGACACAAGCGGCGGAGGCAUGAGAAGAGCUUGGACAGGGAGACAAGUUUGUGAUGACACAUACUGGUGGUGCCACUGUGCUGUCAAUCUUUUAAAAUAAAUAAUACCGUGCCACACUCAGCCACCUUUGUACUGUGCUACACUGUGUUUUUGUCAUGUAAGUCUGUGUGCAAGUUGUGUAGAACAAAUAAAAAUUUGUUAGAAACAGUAUUAACACGAGAAACUAAGACACAUUUGUGUUCUUUUUCUAUGUAUAUCAAUGUUUGGAGAUACCAGCAACAGAAGGAAGCCAGAGUUGUAUGACUGCUGUGUCAGUGGGCCAAUUACUUAAAAUUUUAAAACAUUUUUAAAUCUAAUUUAUUUGUAUUUUGUAUGUUUUUUAUAUUUUUCCAACAAUAGCAACUGCGAGUUGUGCUUUUAAAAUCCUGCUACAGUAAAACACUGUGCAGUUUCUGACUGGUUGCACCUCACAAUAAGAAUCUUUCAGAGUAGGUAUUUGCCAAUACUAAUCUAUUCCACUGGUAUCUAAAAGAGUUGGCUAUAUAGCGAAACUAGUCAAUUUUUUGGAAGUAUUUAUAUAUUCUGUAACCUGUAUAUCUAAAUGUUUUUGUGACAGUGACUACUCAUAUCACUCCACAUUUUUCUCCAUUGCUAUUUUACAAUAAAAUGUAUUUUCUUUAGUAAAGCAUCUCCCCGUGAGUUUUUCACAGGACAGCUUACUGGAGAAUUACAUUUUAAAUGGAGCAUGGCAGCAUAGUUUGGGUACUUGAAGUAUCUCUAGCUACUUGGCCUUGGCUUUUAAAAAUCAGCACAUUUGCAAAUGCAGAAAUUUAGGGUGACUGUGUAGAAAUCUCUAUUUUCCGCCUGCAUUCUCUUUGUCAUCUUGUCAGUAAGUGUCAUCCAUGGACAUGUGAUCUCCUCUCCAAAUGACCCUCAAUGUGUUAGCAUCUGAAGCUAAUUGUUUUAACACCUGCACCUAGGAUGAAACAGACUUUACUGUCUCUCUGCAGGAAUGGUUACUUCUAUAGAUGCAAUAAUACCUUUUUUCUGGGAAGGGCAACAUGUAAUAAAUGGUAAAGAGUCUUAACAAUGUAUAAUACAUAGUAUAUUUUAUUCAUGUAAAAUCUUACUAAUAUAUUACUAACAUAAAGUCAGUGUUGAAGGCAGGUGUUUUUUGUUAUAGAUGUUCUUUUUCCAUUGUCUACUUGAUGGUUCUUAGUUGAUUAGAAACUAUUAAUGGGUCAAAAUUAUAUCAGUAUUACAUAUUUUGACCACUCAUGUGUGGAAUUCUGCCUUAAAUUUAGUAGUGAUAGCUGUACACUUCUGUUUAAUAAUUUAAGUCACCUGUAUAGAAAACUCAGUUCAGAUCUGUUGUUUAAUUGUGAUUUGUUUCAUGAGAAUGAGUGAGUGGGUGCGAACAUAAAUAAAAAGUAAUAAACUCUGCCUAAAAAAUGAA